UGCAUAAAUAAUAAAUCGAGAGGUCAAACAUUUUCAAAAAAUACACUUAAAAGCUAAUGGUCGACCGGAAUCUGGCAAAUCGAAUCAGCUGCAGAAAACCAAACGAGUUAACGCAAUGCGGUGCUUCUUGUGCGGGUUGGAUAUCCUUUGUCCUGGCUGGUCCUGGCUGGUCCUGGUUUUGCGGCCAGAGCGUCCUGCCUUCGUUAAGUGAUUAAUCAUGCUCGUAUAUUUUCCAAGUGAAAUUCAAUUUGGACCGCAACGUCAGUGCAAGAACCACAACAGCCGUCCGGGCGACAGCAAAAUAUAAGGAACACAAAACUGAAAAAUAAGGCACCGGAAUUUUCGAAGGACAUCGCCACGGGGCAACAACAAAGGCAACGGCAACAGGACGUGCAGCUGCAGCAUCGAUAGAGAGAGUGGAGGCAGGAGGAACUGCAUCCGACGCUUGGCAGCCCGGCGGCGAGUCCUGCUGAAGGACAUGAAAAUGCGCUUCAUUAAUUUGGCUGGCAGCCGCGGACUGCAGCAGCAGGAGCAACCGAAGGACCAGGAGCAGCAACUGCCAGGGAAAUUUGAACAGGAACAGGAACACCAACUGCAACAGCAACAGCAACAGCAACUUGAACUGGAACAGGGACUCGCGUCAGCUGCAGCGACACAGCACUGAGUUGCAAUGGUGGAGGACAAUGGUUCGUCGCCGGAAGCGGAAGGAGCGGAAGGAGCCGGCGCACCCCUCCUGGCCCUCCUCCGGGUGGAUGUGCUCAAUCAGACGCAGACCCGCUCGCCCUCGCCGUCGUUCUUCGGCAGCUACAACAUCUCCGAGGACGUCUACUUCUACUUCAAUGGGUUGCCCACGAGCACGGAGCUCGUCCUGAACGCCACCACCUCCGCCACCAGCACCACCUUGAGUCCGGGAUUGGUUGCGACAGGAGGUGGUGGCACCACCACGCCGGAACCCGAUCUAUCCGAGUUCCUGGAGGCCCUGCCCAACGACCGCGUGGGUCUGCUGGCCUUCCUCUUCCUGUUCUCCUUUGCCACCGUUUUCGGCAACUCCCUGGUCAUACUGGCCGUCAUCCGGGAGCGGUACUUGCACACGGCGACCAACUACUUCAUCACCAGCCUGGCAGUGGCCGACUGCCUGGUGGGUCUGGUGGUCAUGCCCUUCUCGGCGCUCUACGAGGUGCUGGAGAACACGUGGUUCUUCGGCACGGACUGGUGCGACAUUUGGCGGUCUUUGGACGUGCUCUUCAGCACCGCCUCCAUACUGAAUCUGUGCGUGAUCUCACUGGACCGCUACUGGGCCAUCACGGAUCCCUUCAGCUAUCCGAUGAGAAUGACGGUCAAGCGGGCCGCCGGACUGAUAGCCGCCGUCUGGAUCUGCUCCAGUGCCAUUAGCUUUCCGGCCAUCGUGUGGUGGCGGGCGGCGAGGGAUGGCGAGAUGCCCGCCUACAAGUGCACCUUCACCGAGCACCUGGGCUACCUGGUCUUCUCGUCGACGAUAUCCUUCUACCUGCCGCUGCUGGUGAUGGUGUUCACCUACUGUCGCAUCUACAGGGCAGCCGUGAUCCAAACGAGAUCACUUAAGAUUGGCACCAAGCAGGUGCUCAUGGCCUCCGGUGAACUGCAGCUCACAUUGCGCAUUCAUCGUGGCGGCACCACGCGGGAUCAGCAAAAUCAGGUUUCCGGCGGAGGAGGUGGCGGAGGAGGAGGCGGCGGUGGCGGCGGAUCACUGAGCCACUCGCACUCCCAUUCGCAUCACCAUCAUCACAAUCACGGCGGUGGCACGACGACCUCCACGCCGGAGGAGCCGGAUGAUGAGCCACUAUCCGCACUGCACAACAACGGACUGGCCCGCCAUCGGCACAUGGGCAAGAACUUCUCGCUGUCCAGGAAACUGGCCAAGUUCGCCAAGGAGAAGAAGGCGGCCAAGACGCUGGGCAUCGUGAUGGGCGUGUUCAUCAUCUGCUGGCUGCCCUUCUUUGUGGUCAAUCUGCUGUCCGGGUUCUGCAUCGAGUGCAUCGAGCACGAGGAGAUCGUCUCGGCCAUCGUCACCUGGCUCGGCUGGAUCAACUCCUGCAUGAAUCCUGUGAUCUACGCCUGCUGGAGCAGGGACUUUCGCAGGGCCUUUGUGCGUCUGCUGUGCAUGUGCUGUCCUCGCAAGAUUCGCCGCAAGUACCAGCCCACGAUGCGUUCCAAGUCGCAGUGUCACGUGGCCGCUGCAAUGGUGGCCGCCUCCACCUCCUUCGGCUACCACUCGGUGAACCAGAUCGACCGGACGCUCAUGUGACGGCAGCUGAGCAGUUGCAGCACCUGCAGCGGUGGCAGCAACUGCGGCGGAUCCCGUUCCGCCCACCACCAGCACCACUCCUCGGGCACGGCCACGCCCUCGUCCUCGCAGCGAUCCUGCACCAGAUGCCAGAGCUUCCACCGCCACCACCAUCGCUCCCGGCGCCGCAGCUCGGGGAUGCAGCUGCGCGGCGACUACCACUCCACCACGGCGGUGAACAGCGCCCUGGCCAAGACCAUUGUCACCAUCAGUGCGCCUCCGGUGGCGGCUGCCUCGGCCAGUUCCCUGCACUUGGGCGUCGGCGGACGUCCUUCCUCGGUGUCCACCCUAACGAUCGCCUCGGUGCCGCCCACUUUGAGUGGCAGUGGCAGUGGGAGUGGGGCCACUACUCCACUGGCACCCAGUCUCAAGGCCCUGACCCCGGGACCCGCCAACUCGUCGGGUCACCACGUGUCCUUCAUGCCCAUGACGGGCAUGAAACGGUUGCGCAGCUCGAACGCCUCGCUGGGAUCUGCGAAUGGUAUCAUCAGCUCUGUGGGCGGAGCAGACACCACAUCGGCGCCCUCGCUCAUCGAUGCCGGUGAGGAGCAGGUCCAAAUGAGGAACCACCACAGGAUCCUGGAGCAGUGCCAGAGUGUCCAGAGCCAGAUAACUACGCUGGGCGACGUGGAGGACGACGAGGAGGUCAGCGACAGCGAGAGCGAGAGCAUCGGACUCGCUCUGGUGGAGACCACGCCCCAACUGGAGAGCCAGCCCGCGGAGGCAUCGAGUUCCUCCAGCUCCUCGGUCAAGUAA